UCCGGUGACGUCACCGAGUCUGGACUCCAUUAGGGGCUGCAGUUGAUAGAAGAGAAACAACAAGAUAGAAGGAGAUAGGAGUGAGACAGGGUGUCUUCAGCCGGGUUGCGAGCGCCGAGUCCCGGGAGUUGACAUUAGAUUUUUCACCCCCGGGCCUCACCGGCUUCUAACCACGGCCGCUCUCGGCGAGGAAACUCUGGCCUCCGCUUCCUCCUCCUCCGACUCGGACACCGGCGGAGCGUCGCCGCCCCCCGCGGAAGAAACACCGAGCCUCGGCGGCGGAGGGAGCAGGAGAGCCCGGGGCUUCUACAGGCACAGCGGGCCUCUCUGCGGUUGUGUUGGGACUUGCGGCUUCUUCGCAUCCUCCGGCUACGUCUGCCUUUCACAUCAACAGAAAUCUUGUCAAUAAUAACAGUAACAACAUGCAAGCCAACGGGGCAGGACAGGGACAGAACCAGGAGGUUUCCUGCCUCUCUGCUGCUCAGAAUGGGGAGUCGUCCUCCGCCGUGGAGGCUCAUUCUAACGGGCUGAUGUCUAGUAAUAACGGGAAUAUUGUCAGUAGUAAUAACGGGGCUCUGACUGGGGUUCCUCUUGGUCCCCCUGCCUCGACUGCCGCCGCGGCUUCAGGCACUGAGCUGGGGGCCACGAUGAAGAAAAAGAAAAGACUUUCUCAGUCUGAGGAAGAUGUCAUUAGACUGAUAGGGCAGCAUCUUCAUGGUUUAGGGCUUAACCAAACAGUUGAUCUGUUAAUGCAAGAGUCGGGAUGUCGUUUGGAGCACCCUGCUGCCACAAAAUUCCGCAACCACGUCAUGGAGGGGGAGUGGGACAAGGCUGAAAAUGACCUGAAUGAGCUGAAGUCACUGAUGCAUUCUCCUAAUGCUGUUGUGAGAAUGAAAUUCUUGCUGCUACAGCAAAAAUAUUUGGAAUAUUUGGAAGAUGGAAAAGUACUUGAAGCACUGCAGGUUCUCAGAGGAGAGCUUACUCCACUGAAAUACAACACAGACCGUAUCCAUAUCCUCAGCGGUUAUCUGAUGUGUAGCCAUGCUGAAGAUCUCCGUGUAAAGGCAGAAUGGGAAGGAAAGGGAGUAGCUUCAAGGUCCAAACUUUUGGAUAAGCUACAAACAUACCUGCCUCCUUCUGUUAUGUUGCCUCCUCGGCGUUUACAGACAUUGCUGCGGCAAGCAGUAGAACUGCAGCGAGACCGGUGCCUAUAUCAUAAUACCAAGCUUGAUGGAAGCCUGGACUCUGUCUCAUUGUUGAUUGACCAUGUUUGUAGCAGGAAACAGUUCCCUUGUUAUACCCAGCAAAUCCUGACUGAACAUUGCAAUGAGGUUUGGUUCUGCAAAUUUUCUAAUGAUGGCACAAAAUUAGCAACGGGAUCAAAAGACACUACUGUUAUUAUUUGGCAAGUAGAUGCGUUACAGGAAACUCACCAGCUAAAACUUCUAAAAACUUUAGAAGGACAUGCUUAUGGUGUGUCUUACUUAGCAUGGAGUCCAGAUGAUAAUUAUCUUAUAGCCUGUGGUCCUGAUGAUUGCUCUGAGCUAUGGCUUUGGAAUGUGCAAACUGGCGAGCUUCGGACGAAAAUGAGUCAGUCUCAUGAAGACAGUCUAACCAGUGUGGCCUGGAACCCAGAUGGGAAACGUUUUGUCACUGGGGGGCAGAGGGGACAGUUUUACCAAUGUGAUCUAGAUGGUAAUCUACUAGACUCAUGGGAAGGUGUGAGAGUUCAGUGUCUCUGGUGCUUGACUGAUGGCAAAACUGUUUUGGCUUCUGACACACAUCAGCGAAUAAGAGGCUAUAAUUUUGAAGACUUAACUGAUAGAAACAUAAUACAAGAAGAUCAUCCUAUAAUGUCAUUCACAGUUUCAAAGAAUGGAAGAUUAGCUUUGUUAAAUGUAGCAACUCAGGGAGUUCACUUAUGGGACUUGCAAGAUCGUGUUUUAGUAAGGAAAUAUCAAGGAGUUACACAAGGCUUUUAUACCAUCCAUUCAUGUUUUGGAGGCCAUAAUGAAGACUUCAUAGCCAGUGGUAGUGAAGAUCAUAAGGUAUAUAUCUGGCACAAGCGUAGUGAAUUACCCAUUGCAGAGCUAACAGGACACACUCGUACCGUGAACUGCGUAAGCUGGAAUCCUCAGGUCCCAGGCAUGAUGGCUAGCGCAUCUGAUGAUGGCACUGUUAGGAUAUGGGGACCAGCACCUUUUGUAGAUGGUCACGAUAUUGAAGAAGACUGCAGUAGCAUGGACAGUUGAUGGUGACUUUGAAGUGGAUGACUCCUUUAAGUAAACAAAAUAAUUGCAUUUUAAAUGGCUCUAAAUUUGGUGUGACACAAUCUUUAUCAAUCAAUGAACAGAAAUCUUUGUCAUUUACCAGUAAGUAAAAUGGAAGAAGAGUUCCAUUUCUAUAAAGCCAAAAUAAGGAGCCAGGCAUCUACCACCUUGCUUCAUAGUACCCAAGUAAAGAAGCACGUUGUUGGAAGACACAUGGACACCAUGUUGAAUUUUCCCCAUUGGUUUGUGAAGAACUAUGCUAUAAUGAGACUAUCCAAUGAACUCUGCAAUGCUUUGUGUUUUUUGUUCUGGUUCCCCUUUCAUCUUUUGUUCAGCAAAUCUUGUCAUAUUUCUGUGUAUCUAGUUUUGAAAUUUUUAUUUAGCAGGUUUAAUAUAUAGAGGUGUGUGCUAUAGGUGGACAAUUACAUCCAGUACAUAAGAGAGCCCUUUUAAUUUUCUGCAUCUUGCUAAAGUUCUAUUCUUUACACCUUUCUUCAUCUCUUAGCCCUCCUUAAUCUAGAAUCUCUACAGCACGGUUCAUGGUUCCAGGGACUUGAUUAGCAAUAAUGAUUGAAUGACAAGAUCACUUAAUGUGACGCUGCAUCAUUAUUGAAAUUCAAGUCAAUUUAAUUGUACAGUAACAAAAUAUGUUGCCAAAUAUAUAGACACUGAUUUAGAUGGUAGUUAAAAUGGGUUGUUUGAAAUUUGGAUGGACUUUGGUUUACCUGUUUAUAUAAUAUCAAGAAAUCCAUACGUUUCUUAUUUUCCCCCUCCCCCAUCUGGCCUAGCAAAAUAUUUAACAGUAAUUUGUUAUUUUUUGUUGCUGGGUAGAUGAAAAUAUAUCCAACAUUUGAAUUUUAAACUUUUUUUGUUCUUUCACAGUUGAUGUUCUAAAUGAAAGACCUUUUAAAAUGACCAUGUUUCUGCUGACAACCGGCUCUGUCACUUUUCUUGAUCUGCAAAGACAUUUUUUCAUGUUCAAAACCAGUCAGGUAGUAGUUACACUCUCAUGGUAAUCAAUAUAGCCUGGAAAUAAAGCAUUAAUAAACAAUAUUACUAAUAUGUGCAUCAUUGACUUUCUUGAGGAUAUAAUUUUAUUAAAACACAGAGGAGCAGUUAAUGUUUUUAUUCACACGUUUAAUUCAGAAUUACAUUUUGAGUGGAAGAAAAAUGUCUUUGUAGUUUUUUCCCCUCUGUUUGAAACUUUAACUCUUACUUUACUUGCAAACAUGCAUUGUUGAAAGAUUCUGUGCUGCCCUUUCUGUGCUGUAUAGCUGCACAAUUCCAUUUUGACAGUUUGGCUUAAAAAAAAAAAAAAAGUUUUAUGGAGACACAAAACCUGUUUUGUUUUUAUUUAUAUUCAAUAAAAUUUAAAGAGAUUUGGUAUCUGUGGCAUAUAGACAAGAUUUGUGCAUAUAUAUUUAGUAUUUAGGUUACUUUUGUGUAUAAUUUUGUUCAUAAUUCUUAGACUGCGGCAUAGAUAACUAGUUCAUUCAAAUCUACUCAGAGCUGCUUACAGUUGCUUUUUUACAGAAAAGGAAUGGGGUUAACAAAUAAUACUUUUAGUCCAGUCUGCACCACUUCAGAUAUAAAAAGAUUUCUUAUUUGAUAACUGAAAUAGCUUUUCACUAGAUGUUUUACUGGUGAAAAGUCAGUGACCUAAAUUUUUUUAAAGUAUAAACAAAUUUUUGCAUAAUUUAAUAAAAAAAAAAAAGUUUUCAUUGGUAGGUUGAGAUUGUACUGUUAGCAUUGAAUGCAAAUUAAAACGAUUCUAAGCAUGGUAGAGUUUUAAAUUUGGGUUGUAUUUUAGCAUAUAUUUUUGUCAUUCUACUUUGAUCAUAAUUUUCCAUUAUAAGAUCAAAAUAUAUUAUGGCAGUAUUUAAUAACUGCUGUUUCAGCAUUUCACAAAGAAUGUUUAUUUCACUGUGCUUUUUCACUUGGCAAAAAUGCUGUUUUGCACAAUAGAAAGGUGAGGUAUUAAGUCUUGAACAAAAGUCAUUGCUUAAAAAGAAAAUUGCUUUGGUAUUAGCAUACAUUACUAAUUUAUAUUUUGUUACUAUAUGUUUUAUUCUAUAUCACUUGUUACUUAAUUUUGAUACCCAGAGAAGUUUGUAAUUAACCAAAAUAAAACUUUUCAUUAGGUACACUAUUUUUUGUGUCUCAAAAUCUGGAAUUAUACAUUUCCUGUAUGCAAAACAAGGUCGUUGUUGGUAUGGCAGAUUCAUAUUUUGUCACUGGGAUCUUAAAACAUUUUAGCAACAUAGUGUUUUUGGUAUUUGGGGGGUGGGGAGGGUAUAAUACCCAUAUAUAACAUUUGGUUAAAGGUCUGGGAGCAAAUUUUUGAAAAAUUCCACAUAAAUCAAUUUAACUAUUUCAACCUCUUUGUAUCAUUUUUAUUGUACCAUGCAUUUUACUUAAUGUUAAUUAGGGUAAAAUUCCUUAGAACUUAAUUUUAUUUCUUAUCAUUGCUGCAGAGCCCACUUUUUAUUUAAAGAAUUUCUAACUGUUUUGUAACAAAGUAACCGAAGGUCCUCUAUUUACAGCUUUGGCAAUAAAUGGCUUUGAAGUGUCAAACUGUUUAAUAGUUCAGAAAUUUUUGCCUAAAGUGUUUUAUGCAAUCUUUUAUUAUUUGUAAAUUUUGCUUUGUAUGAAGAAUGUCAAAGCCUGUGCGUGCGUGUGUGUGUGUGUCUUGUAUGUGCGAGUGUAUUUAUAUAAAUAGAUAUGUUUGUGUGUGUCAUAUUUAUAUAUACGGUAUAUAUACGGUAUAUAUUAUAUGUAAACACAAAUACAACAUAGACUCAUUUAAUGAAACAUUUUAAUUUAUCAAGAAGAAAAAUGCUUGAAAUUAUAAGUUAUGUAUAUUAAUAUAGUACCAAGUGUAGAAAGUAUGUAUAAAAUGAUUAUGAAAAAAACAGAAGAAACAUUCUUUUAUUUCUUUACAAUUACAAUUCAGUUUCUUAUUAAAUUCAGUAUAUGUUGUGUUUUUUAUCUGUAUUUGUCAAUUUAUUAUUCCAUGUAGAAAGCAUCAGUUUAAACUUGCCAGUUGUAGGUCACAUUUUAAUGUAUCUAAGUUAAUUAAUCUGUUGCAUAUAUGGACAUACAGUCAGAAUCAUUGUCAUAAGGAACAGGAUUAUUGCAUAUCUCCCAUGUCUUACAAGCUUAUAACAACACUCAUACGUCAAAUGCUUAUUAUGUAAUUUAUUUUUUUUUUAUCCUUGCAUUAGGUUUGAAUUUAUAGAUUGCUGUUGCCCCAGAAUGGAAGAUUUUACUAUGCUACUUUAGUAAUGAUAGGUUGAAUAUUUUUUUUUUAAAAAACACAGAACUUAACCACAUUAAAGUUUUUUCUUUUAAUUUUUUAAUAUAAAUCCAAUAUAGCACCAUUCUGUGUACAGUAAAAGUUGUGCUACAAUGCUGGAAGCUUAAUUGUGAAGCAGUUGUGAUCAGGUUUGUAGAAGUAAUUAGAAAAACAAAUUAAUGGAUAUAAAGUGAACCAUACUGGUGGGCAGGAGAACAGAACUCCUAAUCCAUGAACCGAGCUGCAGAGGGAAUGGAUUUCCACGACUCUUAGAACUUUAAUUUCUGUCUGUAGAAAUUUUCUAUAAAGGGUUAAUUAAAGUUAAAUAAAGAUUUGGUAUGUAAUGAACUCUUUGUUAUACAAACUGUUUAAAUGUUUAAAAGUGUGUUUUGUUCUGACUGUAUUGUCUGUUUUAUGGAUUUUUGUUACUUUUCAACUUACUUAGAUUUCUUGUUAUAACAUUAAAUUGUAAUUAGCCUUGUCCUGUCCUGUAUAUUAUUUCACCUCAUUUUUUGUUCUACAAGUGACAUUUAACCAAUUUAUAAAAAGUACUUUUGCCCCAGCAUGUUCUUUUUGUUUAAAGAAGUUAUUUUAUUUGUAUAUUACAGUGGCAUGCAAAAGUUUGGGCACCCUUGCUUACAAUGUAUGUUACUGUGAAUAGUUAAAUUAACAGAAGAUGAUCUGAUCAUCAAAGGGCAUAAAGUUAAAAGUGACACAUUUCUUUUCAGCACUUCAUGCAAGAUUAGUGUAUUGUUUCUUUUGUACAGUUGCACAAUGAAAAAGGAAAGUAGCACCAUGAAAAAGUUUUGGCGUGCCUAGAUAUUUCAGGUCCCAUAACUUUUACCAAGUUCUCAGACCUUAACUUGUUCAUUAGGGCUAUGGCUUGUUCACAAUCAUCAUUACGAAAUCCCACUUGAUGGCAAUUGCAAAGCUGUAUAAAUUCUCUGACUCCUCAAACCUUGUCCUAAUCUUCAGCAGUGAUGGGCUCCUCUGAGCAGCUGCCUCACACUCUGAAAAAUAAAAUAAUCGAUGCUCACAAAGUAGGAGGUCUGGAAGACUAAGAAAAUUUUCUGAAACAACUGCUUAUUGGAUUGCUAGAAAGGCAAGUAAAAACCCUGUUUGACUGCAAACGACCUUCUGGAAGAUUUAGCAGACUAUAGAGUGGUGGUUGUGUUGUGCAGCGACACCUGAACAUAUAUGAUCUUCAUGAUAGUCAGCAGAUGAAAACCUUUACUGCAUCCUAGCCACAAAAUUCAGUGCCUGAAGUUUGCAAAUGAACAUCUAAACAAGCCUGAUGCAUUUUGGAAACGGGUCCUUUGGACUGAUGAAGUCAAAAUGGAUCAUUUUGUCCAGAAAGUGCAAUAAAAUGUUUAGAGAAAAAGGGUGCCAAAUUCCCAGAAAGAACACUUCUCCCAACUAUUAAGCAUGGGUGUGGAUCAGUCAUGCUUUGGCUUGUGUUGCAGCCAGUGGCGCAGGGAACAUGUCAUUGGUAGAGGGAAGAAUGUAUUAAAUACCAGCAAAUUUUGGAAGCAAACAUCACACCAUCUGUGAAAAAGUUUUAAGUUAAAAAGGAUGGUUCCAACAACAAGAUAAUGAUACAAAAAACGCACCUUAAAAUCUACAAUGGAAUACCUCGAGUGGGUGCAAGCUGAUUGUUUUGUCAUGGCCCUCACAGUCCCCUGACCUAAACAUUGAAAAUCUGUGGAUAGAUCUCAAAAGAGCAGUGUAUGCAAGACAGCCCAAGAACCUUAUAGAAUUAGAAGCCGUUUGCAAGGAUGAAUGGGCAAAAAAUACCCCAAGUAAGGUUUGAAAGGCUCUUGGCUAGCUACAAAAAGUGUUUACAGACUGUGAUACUUGCCAAAGGAACUAAGUAUUGACCAUGUCUUGUUCCCAGACUUUUGCUUCAGGUCUUUAUUUUUUUUGUUGUUUUGUACCUGUAAGUGAUGGAAAUAAAAAUGUAAUGUUGUUUUAAAUAUUAAAUCAUCUUUAUGCUUUUUGAUAUCAUUUUUUCUUCUAAUGACUUAACUAUUCACAGUAACAGACAUUUAAGGCAAGUGUGCCCAAACAUUUGCAUGCCACUGUAUUUUCUUUUAUGAUGGUGCUAUCUUCGAAGCCAGAAAUACAAGUUAAUAAAAUACUUAAAGCCACUGCACCAUUAAAAAUUACCACAUCAUUUGGAGCAAUUAUCAUUUAUUUCCACAAGAAAACAGAAAAAAAAGUAAAUACUGUUUUCCUGGGUGACAGUGCUGUAGUUAUUUUUGCAGUUAACAAAAUAGCUUGAAAUAGCCUAAACCUGUCUGGUCUAUUAAAGAACUUUACCUGCUUCAUUUAUAUGAUUCUAAAGCAUCUUGUAGAAGCCUACCAGUGGAUAGAUGUGUAUAUAUACAAAUAUAUUUUUUUUCCUAUCUUGGUUCUCGUCUAUUUUGGUAAGUUUCCUUGGCAUUGAAAUCUGCACAUUGACAUUGGAGGUAGCCCUGAAAGUAAGUUAAAGGAGAUUUUUGUUUAAAAUCUUUAAAAUAGAAGUGUUAACUUUUUCUGGGAAGCUUUUAACAACAUAUGCAAAUUUUCCCAUUUUUUGUAUGCCUUUCAUGUACACAUUUAUUUCCACUUCCAGGUUUACCAGUUUGGUGUUUUAUAUCAAUCCAACAUGAGAGGUAUGCAUCUUCUAACUUCUCACUUGGGACACUUGAAGAGCUCUAAUUGCAUUUAAAUGUGUUGUUAAUAUUAUAUGAAAGUGAUUGUAACGUUUUUGUAAUGUUGAUUAGGAGAAGUGUUAUGUUAUUCAUAUUUUAAAUAAAGCAUUCAGGGUUUAAAACAUGAAUAGUCAGUUGGAAAGUAAGAAGGCACAUUACAGUAGAGUUCUGUUGAAAAUGCAGCUUGCACAUCAGUGGGGUAAAUGGUGUAUGCAGUUGUUUACAGUAACCAGUUUGAAUAUAAAAUAAAGUUUGUAAUACAAAAUGAA